GGCUAUGCUUACGAAAGUACCAAUGAGGGUGGCCCGAUAGUGCUCAUGAGACUGUCCAAAGGUCUCAAUGUAACUGAGCUUGCAUACGCAUUAUCAAGUUAAUCCAUGCUAGUGUUCUCUACAUGAUCAAAACGAUGUUCCCCAGACCAAGUCUUCCCGCACUCACGCUAGAUCUAAUCACAUAUACACCUCCUGCUUCCAAUAAUGUUCUCACUCUGACACCCUGAUACCAUCCAAAAGGAAAACACCUCUUUAUCAUGACUACUACCUCCGGCACCCUCAAUACCUUUGGCGACGCCCUCAAUAACAUGGGUUUCUGGGGCGCAUCUAACAUAAACCCAAACAACAUGCAAAACAACUGCGUCUCCGUCUCAGUAGCACACAUGGAGUACUACAGCACCGUCGAAGACUUCUGGCGCGACAUCUAUAACGCCCCACUACCAGACCAGCCUCUCAAUCUCUGGCAGAUAGAAGACAUGAUCCGCCGCACGCAAUACCAGUUCCGCUGGGUCGAGUUCAAAUCCAGGACGAUCGACAGCCAGCACGUGACAGCGUACGACCUCCUCCGCUUCAAUUUCCCCGCACGAGGUGAUGGCGGCAGUACGGGGCCCCGCGGCCGACCGCUUGCGCUUUACAAACGCAGAGAUGGGAGCGGACAUUGUGUUACUGCAGCGUACGAGUUACCGGAAGCUGUCGGUGCUCCGGGACAUCCCCGCGUGGUAGAGGGCGAGCCGACAGAGUUUACGUUUCAGGAUUGGCAGCAUGGUGAGGGUGUGGAUUGUGCUUGGGAUGUCAUGGCGGCGGAUAGUAUUAUAAUUGGGUACCAGGCUGAGUUUCUGGGAUCAGUACAGGAGUAUAAUAGUGCUAUUGAUGGCCGUAUUGCGAGGAUGCAAGCUGGUCGUGGUACCGGGUCAUAUGACUAUUAGGGCUUGCAAAGAGGGUUGGAAUAUUCUAGAGCGUACGAGGUACCAAUGAGAGUAGCUACUCUAUUUCUUGCAUUACAGAUCAUCUGUUUCCGAAUAGAGUUUCAGAGGUUCAGUUCGCCUUAGGCAUGUGCUGAUUUGACUCGUUUUAUUAUCUCUGCGAAGGGGUGAAUUCUGUAAAGGAAAUAUAGAUGUUGGGGAUGAUGACAUGGGGAAAAGCGAUGGAUAAAAGGAUGGUUGGGAUGAAAUGUGUCGGGAGGACUCUUGGCAGAAUGGUUUGUGAUUGUGCUACAAGGAUUCAGUUGAGUCAAGUACUGAGAAGAAUCGUUCAAUUAGACACAUAGAGCAAACCACCAAGGUCUUAUCAUUUUGUAUAAACUUCAUGCUUCAACUCCCGCUCUAAAACCUUGAGAUGUCCCGUCCAAAAAUCCAGUUGAUCGACCUGCAUCA